AGCCUGAGGUCUAAGAGCGUGAGUCUCGGAAGCUGGGGGACAAGCACAGUACUCUGUACCCUCACCCCAGUCGCUCCGCUGCUAGCACAGCCCCAGGCUAAGAGCAUGGACAAGCUCCUGCUUUGGGUCUUCGCCCUUGCCACUCUCCCGGGAGCCUCUGCUCAGACAGACCUCAGCGGGAAGGUGCUUGUAUUCCCUCAAGAAUCUUCUACUGACCACGUGACCUUGACUCCAAAGCUGGAGAAGCCUCUGAAGAGCUUUACCUUGUGCUUCCGAGCCUACAGUGACCUGACCCGUGCCCACAGCCUCUUCUCCUACAAUGCCCAGGGCAAGGACAAUGAGAUCCUGGUCUACAAGGAAAGAGCUGGGCAGUACUCGCUGCACGUUGGAGGAACCAAAGUCACCUCCAAAGUUGCCGAGGAGUUCCCCAGCCCCACGCACAUCUGUGUCACCUGGGAGUCUUCUACCGGCAUUGCCGAGUUUUGGAUCAACGGGAAGCCACUGGUGAAGAAGGGCCUGAGGAAGGGCUACUCGGUGGCAACCAAGCCCAAGAUCAUCCUGGGGCAGGAGCAGGAUUCCUAUGGAGGGGGGUUUCAGAAGAACCAGUCCUUUGUGGGGGAGAUUGGGGACUUGUACAUGUGGGACUCCGUGCUGUCUGCACAACAGAUCAUGUCUGUGCAGCAAGGCUCCUACCUUCUUGAUCCCAACGUCCUGGACUGGAGUGCUCUGGACUAUGAGAUCCAAGGCUAUGUCGUCAUCAAGCCCUUGGUCUGGAACUGAGGUCUUGAAUCAACAAGAUCCCUCGAAAAUGAAAUGACCAACGUGUACGGAAUCUGCUCAAGACAAUGCCACGUGAGAUCCCAUAUCCAGAGGGCUUUCUUCUUUGAAUUUCCUGUCUACACGUUGCCAAGUAAAAAAGUAUGUUGUAUCAUG